CGUGCCGGCGCCGGUGACGUGUCUGUGUUGAUGUGUGUUGCCGUAAUGGCGGUGGAUAUCACUUUGCUGUUCAAGGCGAGCGUGAAAACAGUGAAGACGCGCAACAAGGCGAUCGGCGUCGGGCCGGAGAGUCCAAAGGAUGAGCUCUUGCGGAGAAACAGACCGAAAAACAGCUUCUCCAGCAAAGCCAAAGAAGUGAUCUCCAACAUCACCAAGCUAAAGGAUUUCCUGCUACAGCACAGGAAGGACUAUGUGAAUGCCGGCAGUUUACUCUCCUCAGAUGUGACUCAUAUGACUGACUGUGAGAGAGACCAGAUUGAUCAGGACGCUCAGAUCUUCAUGAGAACGUGUUCGGAUGCCAUCAAACAGUUGAGAACGGAAGCAGAGAAGACGGUGAUUUCUGCUCAGAUGAAGGAGCAUCGUGGGGCUGUGCUGGACUUGAUAGAAGUCUACCUUAAAGGCGUGUGUAAGCUGUACUCGGAGCAAAGAGCGAUCCGUGUGAAGAGAGUGGUGGAUAAGAAGAGGCUGUCUCGGCUGGAACCGGAACAGAAAAUAAAAAGGGAAAAACCUCAAAGCGAAGAUACGGAGAAAACUGUGUCAGAGGAGAGCAGUGAGAAGCCAACGUGUGAUAUUGGUGUUGACCUGUGGGAGGACAGCAAAGUGGAGGAUGAUCUCUCUCCUGAGGAAAUUCAGAUGUUUGAGCAGGAGAAUCAAAGGCUGGUGAGUGAGAUGAAUAGCCUGGUGGAUGAAGUAAGGCAGAUUGAAGGAAAGGUGGUGGAAAUAUCUCGGCUACAGGAGAUUUUUUCUGAGAAAGUUCUGCAACAGGAGACCGAAAUCGAUAAUAUUCAUCAGCUGGUUGUUGGAGCCACAGAAAAUGUUAAAGAAGGGAAUGAAGACAUUCGAGAGGCGAUUAAGAACAAUGCAGGUUUCCGUGUCUGGAUCCUCUUCUUCCUGGUUAUGUGCUCCUUCUCUCUGCUCUUCCUGGACUGGUAUGACAGCUAAAUUCUGAAAAUACAUCCACUAACAUCCAACCGGACACGAUGCCAGAUGGGACUGACGAUGCUAAGAUGCUUAAGCUGAUUCCAUGUGUCCAGAACUUUAAUACACGUUAAUGUGAGUGUGUGCGCGUGUGUGUGUGUGUGUGCGUGUGUGUGUGCGUGUGUGUGUGCGUGUGUGCGUGUGUGUGUGUGCGCGUGUGUGUGCGCGUGUGUGUGCGCGUGUGUGUGCGCGUGUGUGUGUGUGUGUGUGUGUGUGUGUGUGUGCGUCUGUGUGUGUGCGUCUGUGUGUGUGUGUCUGUGUGUGUGUCUGUGUGUGUGUCUGUGUGUGUGUCUGUGUGUGUGUGUCUGUGUGUGUGUCUGUGUGUGUGUGUCUGUGUGUGUGUCUGUGUGUGUGUGUGUCUGUUUGUGUGUGUGUGUGUCUGUGUGUGUGCGCGUGCGUGCGUGCGUGUGUCUGUGUGUGUGUGUGUGUCUGUGUGUGUCUGUGUGUGUGUGUCUGUGUGUGUGUGUCUGUGUGUGUGUGUCUGUGUGUCUGUGUGUGUAUGUGUGACUUCACUAUGCACGCUAGGACUUUUCUAAAGUGGGAUCAUUAGCAAAAGAGCACCUUUGGAGUUUUAUGUAUAUAAUAAUUAGUUCUCUGUACAAAUAAAAUGAACUAUGAUUUUGUCA